CCAACCUCGUACCCAGAGUUUGGUCAAACUUUUGACGCCUUUGUGCUUUUCAAUGGAAGAAGACGCCUGCUCAGGCGUUCACACUUCCCUCAAAAUAACGACAGUGUGAUGCCUGGAAUAUGAGAGCAGUCACAUCAGCAAUAUUGCUCUUUCUCGAAGGCAAAAUUUAGCUAUUGCUACCAAUAUAAUUUAGACCAGCUAUGAAACGGAGACAGUGAUAGGCUACAUGGCAUCAUAGUUAAUGGAGCGAGAUGUUUUGGAAGCUUCCCCUAUUUUGCGAUGACGUAAUUAUUAUCUUAACCGAUUAAAUUCUAAGGUCACGUGACGACGAACGACUACAAUCAAAAAAGCGCCAAAUUAUGAUAAUAUAAUAUCGUAGUAAUUUUGAUACACAAAUGCCCAAUUGCGCUUUUUACAAUUGUUUUCACAGUAGGCGGUACAAAAACGUGAGUUUGUUUCAAAUUCCAGUUCCUCGUAAUUCAGACAGCGAAUUUACUUUUCAUCGUAAGGAAGAAGCACGAAACGGUUGGAUUAACGCGAUAUUACGAACGAGACAGUUGGAUGCGAACUUGAAGACACAGAUCGAAAACAACAACAUACAUAUUUGUGAGAGUCAUUUUAAAGAGGAGUACAUUGAAAACUUUUCCAAAAGGAAGUCCCUCCAAACUGGUUCAAUUCCAACAGAAAAUCUCCCCGUCAAAAGCUUCGAUCAUCUUAGCACAAGCUUCACUAGUGCGCCGAGAAAAGAACCAGCUCCAAGGCAUGUUUCUCAAGAAACUACAAUUAUAUAUGCCUCUCUUGAUAAGUUCGAUGCAUAUUUGAAAAAAGCUGGAAGGUACCCAUAUUUUCAAGGUUGGAAUUGGUUCAAAGAAGGAAAUAACACUGUUAUUGAGUUUAAAGAAAGUGAGUACUUGAUUGCAAAGUUUUCUGUACGUGUCGAAUCUACUCUUAAUUAUGCUGUUCUUGUUUAUGGCUGGGCAUUGCCCAAUGAUCAUCCCAUAUACGUUUCAAACGAGCGUUCUUUGCAGUGCUGUAAUUUUAAGACGCUUUGUAACGAAAUUGUAUCUCUGGGUAUUUGCAAAGGAACUCUAUUUUCCCUGAAGUCAAGCAAAUCAGUGAAAACACAACUUGUUCCCCUGUUACCAAAUGACCCUUCUCCACAAUAUCGUACAGUUGAAUACUGUCGUGCGCUUUCAUGUCGUGUUCUGGUUUCAUCCAUACUAAGUGACAGUAAACAAUUGCAAUGCGAAUCGUGCAGUCGAGAAUCAAACAGCAAUGUAGGUAACUUCAAUGUGGCUUCUGUUAAGUGUAAAACACCACUGUCAUGCCUUUCCAAAGAACAACUAAUUGCAACUGUAAAAGACACAAGGGUGAAUUUGAAAGAAGCCAAGUUGAAGUGUGCACAACUCGAAAGGAGAGUACAACGAAUGGAGAAUGAGAUCAAACAUCAUGGUAUUAGAAUGGAAACUGGUUUGGAGAAAGAACUUACAAGUAUCAUCACUAACACAUCAUUAGAAGCAACUCCACACAUGAAACUUGUAUGGGAGCAACAGAAGAAAGCACUGAAUGAACAAUCAAACUUUGGUAACAGGUGGCAUCCACAUUUUAUACGGUUCUGUUUGUCUAUUUAUUCAAAGUCGCCUAUUGUUUACCAAGAAUUGAGAGAUUCUGGAACAAUGCAGUUACCUAGUUCCAGAACUUUGAGAUCCUACAGAAACAACUUUAAACCAGGAGCAGGGUACUUGCCUGAGAACAUCAAGUCAUUGAUUUCCAGAACAAAGGGUUUCCUGGAUAAAGACAGGUGGAUUGUUGUCAUGUUUGACAAGAUGAAGAUUAAAUGUAAUUUAGUGUUUGAUAAACAUUCUGGACGCCUGAUUGGAUUUGUGGAUCUCGGUGAUCCAAAUAUCAACUAUUCAACAUUUGAUAAAAUUGAACCAGCUACCCAUGUACUUGCUUUCUAUGUCAGGGGAAUAACCACUAAAUUGCAGUUUAUGCUUGGUUACUUUUUCACCCGAGAUGUGGUCUCCUAUCAAUUAAUGCCACUUUUUUGGCGUGGUGUUGCUAUAUUACAACUUAAAGCAAACUUGAAUGUUAUUGCUGCAGUCAGUGAUGGGGCUUCACCAAACCGCAAAUUUUAUCAACUCCACAUUUAUAUUGGUGAAAAACUUAACAACCAGAAAGUUGUGUAUAAAACAAAAAACCUCUUUGCCCCAGGAAAGUGGAUUUGUUUUUUUGCUGAUGCUCCACAUCUAUUAAAAACGGCUAGAAACUGCUUGCUUAAUUCUGGUUCUGGUUUGGAAUCAAGGUGCAUGUGGAACAAUGAUCAAUUUUUAUUGUGGAACUAUAUAUCAGACUUAUAUUAUUCUGAUCUGGAACUGGGGAUACACCAACUUCCUAAGCUAACAAUUGAACAUAUCAUGUUAACAUCUUAUUCAAAGAUGAGAGUAAAUCUUGCUGCCCAGGUGAUUUCUAGAUUUGUUUAUAUUUUUAAAAUAGUAUAGAUUUAAAUCAUACCAGGAAAGGAAGUGCCUUGGCUUCUUAAUAAUUCGUUUCCAAACUAAUACUUCUCCUGUCCUCAUGAACAUCUUGUCUAUAUUUUCAAGGGCAAGUCACAAAUGGGUCGAAAACAACAAUCCAUUUUAGAAAUAACAGAUAUAUUUCUUCUCCAGUUUGUUCUCAUGUUGUCAAAACAAGCAACUUUAGGUGCUAACGUGAUUGGACAAUUUUUGUUUCAAAACCGGAAGUGAUCUAUUAAAAUUGUUAAUCCAAAUUCCAAAGUGAAAUAUGAGCAUGAAAUUGACAAUGUUUAUAUUUCUAAACAACAAAUGUUAAUCCAUACAGUUUUAUAUAUCAUAUUAAAGCAUGUGGCUCAAGCAAUAGUUCGUGAUGACAUUGCUUGCCAAGAAAUAUAAUUAUAUAAAGUUGUAUAAAUCAGGAUUGUAACUAAAUGUUAGUAAAUAUGCAGUGUAUUUUUUAAGGAAUUCCUAUGAGUCCAAUGAAAACCACUGCACUCGCUGAAUCAUCAAAUUUGAUAUGUUGAUCAUUACAGUAUUACUGUACUUUGUUUCUAAUUGCUUUGUUUUAUUUUUCCAUAACACAGAUCCUUAGCAAUAGGAUGGCCCAAGCACUUAUCCGUAGCUAUCCAGAAGGAGAAGCAAAUGAAACAGCAAGAUUUUGUAAAUUAAUGAAUGACUUUUUCGACUGUUUAAAUGUUCGUGCAUACAAUGAGGCUACCUGUAAACGGAAUGUACUCCUGGGACCAUAUAGAUCACAGGAUGAUAAAAGGUUUGAAUGGUUAGUAAACACUUUCCUCCAGUACUUUCAUGACUGGAAAAAAGCUGUCGAGACUCGUCCUGGAAAUUUCCUACCAACAGCUCAAGCUAAGAUGUUCAUUUCGCAACAAACUUAUGAAGGCCUUCAAAUCACUGUGCAUUCAACUUUCGAGACUGUCAAGUUCCUCCUUUCCCAAGGUGUUGAUAGCGUUUUGACAGAACGCUUCCAGCAAGACCCGUUGGAAGAAUAUUUCGGAAAUCAGAGGCAAAAGGGCAGAAGGUCGGAUAAUCCCGAUGCAUCACAGUUUGCAUAUAAUGAUCGAGCCCUUGAUGUCCAACGCAACAUUGUGCCUAUCAAAGCUGGUAACACUGGUAAACGCAGUGCAGAAAAAUCCAGGUGGAACGACAUCAUUGAGGAGCCUCUGAACAAAGCCAAAAAAACAAAAAAGAAAUAA